UACUUAUUUAGUUAAGUUUCGUUUAAGAAAAAUGUGUUGCAAAUUGUAUUUGUUAUUAAUAGGAAUAAUCCUACAUGCAAGUCUAGUCCAAUCCACAUUGAUUGAGAUAGACAUAUGUGAGCAGGACUCGGAUUGUUCAUCCAUGCCCAACCUGGUCUGCAGAGCUGGAAGCUGUGUCUGUCGACCCGGAACUGAAAAUUUAUUCGGAAACUCUUGCGAGCCUGUGGCACCCUACCAUGCGUCUCCCUGUCAGUUGACUGUUCAGUGUCGAGCGCUGUUCAUGAACUUUGAAUGUCGAAAAACUGGUGAUAACGAAGUAGGACAAUGCCUCUGUCAAGCAGGCCAUCAUUACUUCUCGGGGAGAUGUUGGAAAUCAAUCGAUUUCGGAGGAAAAUGUACUCGAAGCGAGGAAUGUAUGGGAACAUUAAGAGAUCCCUAUAAUCUGGCUUGUGUUGAGGGCGUCUGUUCCUGCGCUGAAGGGUAUUACGAGAGACAGAGGGGUGAAUGCAGAGAGAGUAGUUUUAAUAUUGAUGAUGAUUGCCUGUUAAAUGAAGACUGUCAGUUUCCAAAUGGCAUUUGUGAUGCUACUACAUUUAAAUGCACAACUUCUACUUCAUCCUCACUCACAAAGACAUCUCUGCCAAGGAAUGAGGAUCACGAUAACCAGGAAUCUCGAAUGAUGGAAAGAGAAACACAAUCUGUAAGCAACAAUUCGACCAGUUUAAGCGUGACCUCGCUAGCAAGGGUGCAUACUACAGCUUGCAGUUCCAAUGAUGGUUGUUCUAAUGGUUUCGUGUGUACUGCUUAUGGAUACUGUGCUUGCCCAAGGGGAUACUACGCUAAUGCAGCCGGCACUAUGUGUUUAGCUGAACUCGGAUCCCCUUCGGCAGACAACCAAUGUGUUGGGUUUUUAGCUGAAGUCAGAGAAGGAAUAUGUAAAUGUCCUAAAAACUUCUAUUACAACGAGAAUAUGAGGGAUUGUAUCAAAGCAACUCGUCGCCCCACGGAUGCUUGUGCUACGGAUGAAAUGUGUCACACUUUUGGCGGAUCAGCGCGCUGCGGGGAACCCGGUCAAUUUGAACUAAGGAGUUGUGACUGUAUCCCCGAAGAAGCCGUCUGGGAUGCUGAUAGAGAAAUUUGCAGAUUAUUCGCUGGUAUUGGGGAAAGCUGUGAAGUUGACAGUGAUUGCUUGGCCGGCAAUAUGGAUAUCCUGUGUGUCGUCGACGAAAGUGGUCAAGGUCGUGUGUGCUCAUGUCCUGAAGGAUACUCUAACAUCGAUGGAUUGUGUCUAACUACUGGAUUAUCUCUUGGCGAUUCAUGUCAAAUGACCAUCGAGUGCACAGAAACGCCACACACUGAGUGCAUAGAUGGACAAUGCUCAUGCAGUGAAGGAUACCAAGCCCUCGAAGGAACCUGCGCAUCUGUUAUUGGCGGCAGUUGUGUUGAAGACAACGAUUGUAUCACAGAAAACUCAAUAUGCGAUAUAGAGAACAACACGUGUCAGUGUUCAGAAUCGUUCGUGGGAUAUGACUACGUAUGCUGGCCACACCUAGUUAACCACGUGACGCCAUGUUCGGUUACUGCCCAAUGCCUAAUUGCCACCGGAGAAUCCAGUUCAUGUGAAAAUGGACGAUGCGAAUGCUUUGAAGGCUACCAUCUUCGUGACGGCAAAUGUUGGCCAAAGAUUGGUUUGUUCGAGACAUGUUCGCGUAGCAGCGAAUGCUUCUUAGAAGACAUUACUGAUCGAGUGCAAUGUAGAAACAGCCAGUGCCAGUGUUCCUUCGAAUAUCCCUAUUCUGAAGAGUUAAAUACUUGCACGUCGUCGGCAAGUACCACAGUUGGAAGCAUCUUCAUGACUAUUUUAGCUUUAAUAUACGUUAAAUUACAUAAUUAAUUAACAUGGAAUCAUUAAGAAGAAAAGUUUGGAACACCGCUAGAGUCUGCCAAGUAUACAGGGACUAUUCCAUCUGAUUUUAUCACUACAUAGUAUAAAAUAAAGUCGCUUUCU